AUGUCAGCAAAAAUUUAUCAGCACAAUGAAGAAACUUUCAUUUUGAAUAAACGUUGGAAUUUACGUGAAAGUCCUUGGCCAGCGAUUUCAGUCGAAUCUGCUUUAGCAAUUAUCGAUGAACAAAAAAUGCGAACACAAAUUAAAAUUGUAACAAUUCAAGAAAUUCGUGAAGGUGAUAUUAUUGCCGAGAAAAUCACUGCUGCUAGAGCUUAUCCAUCGUUUCGUACUUCAGUGAAAGAUGGCUAUGCAGUUAUUGCGUCUGAUGGCUGCGGAAUUCGCAUGAUUUCUGAUUCGUUAGAAGCUGGAGUAAAUACUGAUUUAAGACUUCGAGAAGGGUAUGUUUGUCGAGUCAACACAGGUUCAGCAAUUCCUUAUGGAGCUGAUGCUGUUGUGCCAGUUGAACAAACUGAAUUGUGUGGUAAAUCGGCUGAUGGAAAAUUAUUGGUAAAAAUUAUGGUUGAAGCAAAAAUUGGGCAAGAAAUAAGAGAAAUUGGAUCUGAUGUUGCUGAAGGUGAAACGAUGCUUGAAAGUGGGACUCAAAUUACUGCUGCCGAAUUUGGCAUAUUAAUCGCAUCGGAAAGACGUUUGUUUAAAAUAUACAGACGACCUAAAAUCGUUGUAAUGUCUACCGGAGAUGAGAUUGUUGAUUAUAAAAUAAUUUGUUGUACUCAAGGUUAUGUGCGCGAUACAAAUCGACCACAAUUAAUUUCACUAUUCAAAAGUGUUCCUGAGUCUCGAAAAGAUUCAAUAACAAUUUAUAUAGGAUUUUAUAGGGAAGAAGUUUUGAUCGAUUGCUUAGGUCAAGCUUUCGCUAUCGCUGAUAUUGUUGUCACAUCUGGUGGAGUUUCAAUGGGCACAAAAGAUCUUUUGAAAGAUGUUGUGCUUGAACAUUUUAAAUUUAAAAUUCAUUUUGGUCGUGUGUUUAUGAAGCCUGGUCUGCCAACAACUUUUGCAUCAGGAAUAAUAGAUGGCCGUUCAAAAAUAUUGUUUGCUUUACCUGGAAACCCUUUAUCCGCAUGGGUUACCUCUCAUGUUUUUGUUGUCCCAACACUUAAAAAAAUUGUUGGUUCAUCAAACUAUAAUUUUCCGGUCAUCGCUGCAAAGGUUAUCAUUAAUCUUUUAAAAUAUAGAAAUUUUAUUAAUCCUGUUAGAAGAAGCGAACGCAGUAGG